GAGUAUUUAUAGAAGAAAAUGGGGGCCCUUUUUGGAGAGAGGUUUUAUUAAGGAGCGGAGUAGAGCGAGGGCGUCCCAGUUUUAUCAUUAACACUGUGCAAACGGCCUGCAGGACUGCAAGGACACACUCUGGGAGGAGAUUCUGGAGUAACUCUGUGACAAGUCUUCAUGUACUGUCACCCUUUUAUUGUGUUGCGGUGGCAGUGUGGAUGACUCUGUAGAGGACUCUGUGGAUGACUCUGUGGAUGACUCUAAGAUGGGGUAUUUUGAAUUGACAACCCCUCUUGUUUGAAUGGGGGCUGUUGGUAUGGUCCAAGAGGCUUUUUUACUGUACAGCCAGGUUGGAUACUAGCUCACAGAUAGGCCACCUGCAGUUUGAUACAAGAUGAAGAAAUUUCUACAGAACAAGAAAGGCAGAUAUUCUUUCAGGAACCAGAACAAGCCUGCUGUUCCUCGCUAUCCAUCUAAAGAUGACUUCAUUGCGAUGCCGACAUCCAAUCAGGGCUGGCCAGAGGAGUUUGGCUUCCAGCUGGGAGGAAGUGGUCCUAGCUACAUCCUGUCUGUGGAGGAGGGGAGCAGUGCCUACCUGGCGGGGCUGCAGCCAGGUGACCAGGUGCUGGAGAUCGAGGGCCAGAAUGUGUCCACUCUGGGAGUCCAGGCUGUCAUCUCCAUCGCUCAGACCCAGAGGAACAUCCCUCCCAGCAUCGGAGUGGUGUCUCGCAUCCAGCAGAUGGACAUCACCCCGGGUCCUGAUGGUCGUUUCGGCUUCACCAUCGUGGGAGACUGCCCCCUCCUGGUGGAGGACUGUUCGCCCUGCUCUCCGGCGGGACGGGGUGGCCUGGGGGCCGGUGACUACGUCAUGGAGGUCAACGGGAUCCCGGUGAGGCAGCACGAGAUGGCGGCGGCGCUGAUCAAGGCGUCCCAGGGGCGUACGCUGAGGCUGGGGGUGCUGUGUCUGGGGCCCAGACAGAAAGUACGCAGCAGUGGGAGUAUGGAUGGGAUACAGCCUGGGGGAGACGGGAUGAGGAAGGACCGCAAACACAAGGCCCUGGAGUUCAACAGGAAGAUUGACCAGAUUUUGGGGGAGGAGCCGGAGGUGAAGGAGAGGCUGUUUGCGGUGCUGAAGCAGUAUGCUGCGGAGAAGAAGGUUGAUUGGCUGGCCUCUGUCCUCCCAGACAUUCUCACCACUGACGAGCAGCAGACGCUCAUUGGCAACAUCAGGAUCUUCAUCCCCAAGAAGCACCGACAGCGGUUCGACGAGGCCGUGUCACAGAGCCUGAUCCAGAAGAUCUGUCGCAGUAAGAGCAUCAGCGAGCCGGGCCGGCAGGGCCGUCUGAGACGUAGCCGCAGCGAGGACCACCCUGACCGCCACCGCGGCUCCAAACGGGCCAGCUCAGUACCUCGGGAUCCUGGGGAGGACGGAGGGGGACAGGAGAGAGGAGAGAGCGGGUACAGGAAGUCCACGUUGGGCAAACCUGGGCAUCAAUCAGAAGCCAAUCAGAGCCUCCGUGCUCCCCCCAGGACAGUGAGGGUUUACAGAGGGAAGAAGAGUUUUGGGUUCACCCUGAGAGGCCAUGCCCCUGUCUGCAUCGACUCUGUCAUCCCAGACAGCCCCGCUGAAGACUGUGGUCUCAAACCGGGCAACCGCAUCCUUUUCCUCAAUGGGCUGGACAUGAGAAACUGUUCCCAUGAGAAGGUGGUGUCCAUGCUGCAGGGCAGUGGGGCCAUGCCCACCCUGGUGGUGGAAGACGGACCCUCUGGUUACUCCCACUCUGACCAGAGUGACCAGGAAGACUCUCCCACAGGCCUUGCCCCUGCCGUGGCCCCCAGGUCCCGCUCCCGCUCCCCGGUCCCCCUCUGCUCCCUGCAGUGGGUGGCUGAGAUCCUACCCCCCAGCAUCAGGGUCCAUGGUCGCACCUUUAGCCAGCAGCUGGAUCAUCUCCUGACGGUGCAGGAGAGAUACACCAUCUGCAAGUCCCUGGAGACCUUCUUCCAACAGAGGAACGUGGACACCCUGAUUGUUGAUGUGUUCCCGGUGUUGGACACUCCAGCCAAGCAGGUGAUCUGGCAGUUCAUCUACCAGCUGUUGACCUACGAGGAGCAGGAACACUGUCAGAGCAAGAUUUCACGCUUCCUUGGUUUUAAGACUGCAGCAGCAACAGAGCCAGAGCCAGGUGCAGGACAGGAGCACCAUAGGAGGAGCAGCUCAGUGCGUGUGUCAGGCACCUCCUACAGAGGCACCGUACGGGAGAGGAGCUCUGAUGACUGCAUCAUCAGAACACACCUGGGAAUGGGGAUUCAUGUGGCUGCACCAGGGAGUGGGAGUGGGACACCCGGAGAGAGACAGUGUGGAGAUGGCACCUCCUUCCCAGAAUCCCCUGACCUGAAUCACAUGUCAGGAGUGUACACGGAACUGGAGAGUGUGUACACAGGGAAGAGUGCCGUGAAGGCCAUGCAGCAGAAUCACAGUCGCUGCUCUCCACUGACCCAGCCUGACCGAGAGGAGCUGGGACAGACUGACGCCUAUGGCCAGUCUCCAGCUCGCUCCUCUCUCAGUCAAGGUAGCACAGGGAACCGUAAAUCAGGUCUGUCUCUGACAUGGAAGGAACCUCUGCCCGACCCUCUGUAUGAGUUGUACCAUGGGGGAACCAUCCCCUCUCCGGGCAGCGCUGACUCCAACCCCUAUGUGAGCCUGGAGAGCCCGCCUCCAUCCCCCCAGAACUCUGACGACCCCACCAGCCCCCUGUCCAGACGCAGGAAGCUUUUCACCUUCUCCAGACCCCCCCGGAGCAGGGACACUGACAAGUUCCUGGACGCUCUGAGCGAACAGCUGGGACACCGUGUCACUCUGGUGGAAGACUUCCUCCCUGGAGAGAAUGACUAUGAGGAGAUGAGUUUCCAGGAUGAGCAGGAGGUGAGCUACCUCCCCCGCCAGCUGAGCAGUGCCAGCAGUGAGGACAUCAGCAGCAACGAUGAGGCCACCUCCCUCACCUACUCCUCCGGGUCAGAACACAUCCCCAUCCCCCCACCCCCGCAGAGCGCCCCACCACCCCCGCCCUUGCCCACCCUACCCCCGCCACCCUUCGGCUUCUCCGACCCCCUCCCCAUUACCCCAGUCCUCUCCCACUUCCCCGAACACAUCCCUCGGGCGCGCAUGUCCUUCCAGCCGCAGCACCCCAAUCCCCCUCCCCCGCCUCCUCCACGAGCCUUCAUGUACAACAGGCCGUCCCUACACAAGGUGCUGCCAACCAGAGAUGAGCUACAGGGCUGUGUCCACCACCAGGCUACUCAAAUGACUCUCCCCCUGGGCCCUCACUACUCUCCCCAGCCCUCUCGCCCCAGGAACCUGCCCCGCCAGGCCAGCCAGCCUCAGCCCCUGACCCAGCCCAUCCUGUGUCCUCAGCCCUCCCCUCAGCCCAACAGGCAAAGCCAGCUCGCCCUCCAGAGGCACCACCAGCUUCACCACCAGCCCUUCCAGCCCCAGCUGAGCCACAGCCUUCCCCCUAAAGCCCCUCACCCGUCCCAGCCCCAAAGUCACCCUCUCCAGCCCCCUCACUCACAGACCUAUGAGACCCCCAUCUCAGUGCCAGAGCUCCAGAAACACAAGGUCCCCCCACCGCCCCCUCCACCACUGCCUCCGCCCUGCGACCCGCCUCCACUGCCCAAUUCCAGUCCCUGUGCUGGGGACACCAACCACAUGAGUGUGAAGAGACUGCGCUGGGAGCAGGUGGAGAACUCUGAGGGAACCAUCUGGGGACAGCUUGGAGAGGACCCCGACUAUGACAAACUGAGUGACAUGGUGAAGUAUCUCGAUCUAGAGAUGCACUUUGGUACCCAACGGAGUUCCAUCUCUCUUCCAGAGCCAGCCUUCCUGCCCGAGAGCUUUAAAAAGAAAGACGUGGUGGAGAUUCUGUCUCAUAAGAAAGCCUACAACGCCUCCAUCCUGAUCGCCCACCUGAAGCUGUCUCCAGGUGAGCUGCGCCAGGUGCUGAUGACUAUGAGCACAGACAGACUGGAGCCAGCCCACAUAAAGCAGCUGCUGCUCUACGCCCCCGAUGACCAGGAAGUCAAACAGUACCAAUGCUUCGACCAGAACUCUGCCAAACUCAGUGACCCUGACCAGUUUGUCCUGCAGAUGCUGAUGGUCCCUGAGUAUAAGACUCGUCUGCGGAGCCUCCAUUUUAAGACAGCCCUGCAGGAGAAGACAGAGGAGAUGAAGGCUGGAUACGAAUGGAUCUACAGGGCCUCGAUAGAACUCAGGAGCAGCAAGAAACUGGCCAAGAUCCUCGAGUUUGUGCUGGCAAUGGGGAAUUACCUGAACAAUGGUCAACCCAAGACAAACAAAACCACUGGCUUUAAGAUCAACUUUCUCACGGAGCUCAGCACCACUAAAACGGUGGAUGGUAAAUCCACCUUCCUCCACAUUCUUGCCAAAUCGCUAUGCCAACACUUCCCAGAACUGUUGAACUUUGCCAGGGACCUCACAACCGUGCCACUCGCAGCCAAAGUGAAUCAGCGUAUCCUGACAGCUGAGCUGGCUGACCUUCACUCCACCAUCCAGGACAUCAGGACAGCCUGUCAGAAGAUCCCAGCCACGGCCGAGGAUCACUUCGCUGCCGUCAUGAGUGGUUUCCUGGAGAACAGUCACCCAGCGGUUCAGUCUCUGGACUCUCUGCAGCUGAGAGCCAUGGACGAGUUCACUAAGGUGGCCUCGUACUUCGGAGAGGACAGCAAGGUCACCUCCACUGAGGCCUUCUUCGCCAUUUUUGCUGAGUUUACUUCCAAGUUUGAGAGAGCACUGAAUGAGACCCAGGCCACUGAGAACCCCUGCAGCCCCAGAGUGCCCUCUCCCCUGGCCUGGUAGAGACUGGAUAGCUCCUCUGCUCUCAUCAACCAAAGUGCCAAGACAACACAAAGAAACAGUCACAACUACUGGGACACAAACAACAUGAUCUUCAACACUGCGGAAUGCCGUAAGGCCAGGAGUUCUUCCUGACCAUGUGAUCUGACCAAAAGAACUCUCAUCCAAAGGGUCCAGAGUUUCUCCUGGGAAGGUCAAGUAGCUCUAUAUGUUCAGAUAACAUGAGUAUAUAUUUUAUAUUGGAUUGUAUUAAAUUGAAAGUAUAAUGAAAUUGUAAAGAUAAAGCAUAGAUGUACUGCCAAAAUAAAGGAAACACCAACAUAAAGUGUGUUAAUAGGGCGUUGGGCCACCAUGAGCCAGAGCAGCUUCAAUGCACCUUGGCAUAAAUUCUACAAGUUGUUAUAACUAUAUUUUGAGGGAUGCUACACCAUUCUUCCAUGAGAAAUUCAUUAUUUUGGUGUUUUGUUGAAGGUUGUGGAAAACGCUGUCUCUGGUGCUGCUCCAGAAUCUCCCAUAAGUAUUCAAUUGAGUUUUGAUCUGGUGACUGAGAGUGAAACAUACACACACACACUUUUUUUGUACAUGACCCUAAGCAUGAUGGGAUGUUAAUUGCUUAAUUAACUCAGGAACCACACCUGUGUGGAAGCAUCUGCUUUCAGUAUACUUUAUAUCCCUCAUUUACUCAAGUGUUUCCUUUAUUUUGGCAGUUGCCUGUAUAUGUAAAUGACCAUGACAUUUUAGAUGGCAGAUAGUCAGACGUAUAUGAAUUUUAUCUAGAGCUGAGCGCUAUUUUUACAGAUGGACUUGAUCUGCCUACAACAGAAACACAUAAUCACUGCCUCGUAGAUUGUGAUGAUAGAAUGCAGUAUACACCUACCUUGAAGCAUUACAUUGGCAUGACAAACGUACUGUGAAUUGUUAUUACAAUAUUUAGAGGCUUUCUGGUGCCAAUGUAAUGGCAGUCAUCCUAACAUUUGGCAUUUCAAAGCUUGCUCUGGGCAGGGGCAACAUAAAGAAUACCACUCUCCUAAGUGUAUUAAAAGUGUUUUACAGUAUGAGGAGCAUAUGGGAAAUAUGAGGGUUAACCCACUGGGGCUAAUAUAUGAAUAGCUGCUAACUGAAAGACAUCAAUCCAUGUUAGCAUUGAGUGGUCCAGGUGGCUCUUGCGGUCACUGGGGUUGUUACUGAUGAACCGUCCAUUCCACUGCCAUAACUUUCACCUGUAUCAACAGUCUUGUUUUAGAACAAAUAUUCACUGUUUGCUAGUGUGCAUUUAAAGCUGUUUUGAAUGUAUUUAUUGCGUUUCUACUUUCCCUCCAUAAUUCCUUUUCACAUAUACAUUUCAGUCAGAGCUGCCAUCAUGAAAAUACAAACAUAUUGAUUUACAGACCUGUUGUACCAGGCAAUGUGUCAUCAUGUUAAAAAAGACUGCUACAUAUUUAAAUCUUGCCACAAGUGCAGUACAGUUUUAUGACAAGCAUUUGCAUGUUGCUGUCUAUAGGUGUUGUUUUGUGUUAAAAUGAUUGUACAUCUGGAUUUGUUUACUUUUAUUGUAUUCUCACAAGUUGGGUCUAAAAUGUAGACCUAGUAUAUAUAACUCUAGAUCAAUUUAAGUUUGUUAAUGUAUUUAAAUGUUCAUUUUGUAUAGCCUAAGUGUGUUUUGUCUAUGUUUUCAUUGAUAUUAAUGGAGUACUCUGUAUAGUUCAAAAAGUAUUGACUUUUUAUGUUGGCCAUGUGGUUGCUUCUGGAUCAGUUGUACUUGUUUUGGAUCUGUAAAAAUACAUAAAUGCUUGACAAAUAAACUGCCUGAUACCCA